UGUUCAUUUACAUUAUAUGAUAAUCAUAAUUGUUCAUUAUUAUUAUAAUCACCAUGUAUAAAUAAUGUAUACACAUAGAUUUUACAACUUACAUCUUUUUCAUAAAAAAAAACAAACAUUAUUAUUACUAAUCAUAAUAAUAGUAAUAGUUUUGUUCAAUAAAUAUUUAUAUUGUGAUAAUAUUGGAUAAGAAAACCAUUAUUAUUAUUAUUAUUAUUAUUAUUACUGGAUUCACUUGGUACUAUUUACUUGGAUCUUCCUAUUGAUGUUUAGGACUGUAAUUGGUCAGUCUCAUUAAUAGUAUUAUUAAAUCCACUUGGUACUAUUUGCUUGGAUCUUCCUACUGAUGUUUAGAACUGUAAUUGAUCAGUCCCAUUAUUAUUAUUAUCAUCAUUAUUAAUAUUAUUACAAUGAUUAUGUUUCUUAUCUAAAUAUCACAAAUCUAUUUUCCAUUUAAUUAAUUAUCAUGAAAAAAAUCAAUAAUCAUACAUCUAAUCAAUUUAUUGAUUAUAAAACACGUCAAUUAUUAUUUUUUCAUUGUCAUUUAAAAUUAAUUAAACAAAUAUUUAUUAAAAAUAAUGAAACAUUUAAUGAAACUUAUGCAAAUUAUUUAUUAAAUAAAUAUUUAAAUAAACAUAGAAAAUCAAAAUGUAUUGCCUAUUUUCUAAUUGAUCGUAUACGUUUUAAACAAUAUAAAAAUGUAAUUUAUAUAAAACCAUUUCGUAAAGAAAUAAUUUAUCGUGAAAUUAAACAUUUUUUUAUAUUCCCUAAUUAUCCACAAUUAUUUAUGUUAUGUAUUAUAAAUGAAAAUAAUAAUCAUAAUCAUAAUAAAAAAUCUUAUGAAUUAUAUCAAUGUAUGAAUUAUAAUGAUGUUAGUAUUGUAUGCCAUUUAACCUAUAAAGCAUCUAUUAAUUUAUAUCAUACAUUACAUGAUCCAAUCACAUUAAAUCAUUUAUUACAUAAUAAUAAUAAUCAUAAUUAUCAUUAUUAUUAUAAUUCAAAACAUCAAUUCAAUUAUUCAACAUUCAAUAAUUUAUUAAAUCAAACAAAUAAUCAUUUAAAUGUUAUAAAAUCAUCUAAACAAAUUGAUCAUUCUAUUGUAAAGAAUAAUUCAAAUUUGAAUUUGAAUUCUAAUUUAAUUAUUCAUAAUUCCAAUGAUUAUUCAAUAAAUAAUAAUAAUAAUUUAAUUAAAAAAGAAUCAAUAAAAAGUACCUCAAAUUUAGUAUGUUCUAAUAAGUUACAAUUAUAUCAACCAAAAUUUUAUUCAUUAUAUAAUUUAUAUUCAAAUAAAUCAGAAUGUGUUAAUCCAAAGAUGAAUAUAACUAAUAAUCAUGUAUAUAGUGAUUAUUCUGCAAGCAAACUGUUCCCUAUUCCUUACAAUAAUAAUAAUAAUAAUAAUAAUGAAGAAGAAGAAGAAAAACAUAUUUAUGUCAAAGACAAUAAAUUAUACAAACAAAAGACAUUAAAUUCAACGUCUUCAACAUCACCAUUAUCAUUGACAACAUUUAAUGAUGAUUAUGAUUUCGAUAAAUAUAUACAUACAAAACAAGAUAUCUAUUCUACAAAUUAUCCUAUGAAUUUCAAAUUUAAUGAUACCAAGAGAAAUUCAAUUGAUCUUAAUCAACAUUUAAGUCAACCAUUAGAUUGUAAUCAUGAUGUUAGAAUGUUAAAAACAUUGACAAUACCUACAGGAAGUAAAGUUUAUUAUCGUAAAAAAGAUUUAAAUAUUUAUCAUGACAAUGUGAAUGUGAAGAUGAAUGAUUAUGGUUUUUACACUGAUUAUGAUGAUGAUGAUUAUAAUCAUCUUGAAAAUAAACUAAGGAAGUGUAAAUCUAAUAUUGAUAUAGGGUCAGCUGAUACGACUUAUUUAUGUUAUGAUCCAGUUGUUGGUUUACGUAUAAAUAAUAAGGGCCCAAUUUAUAUGUAUAUGGCACGUUAUAAUUCUACUGUAAUAUCAUCAAGUCAUGAUUGUGUAGAUUUGGAAACUUAUUGA